UAACACACACAACUCCUUCUCCUCCCCCCUAACAACACUAGUUUCACUUUCUAUUAUCAAUUCCAGAAUGGCGUCUGUGUGUCUGAAUGAGGAGCUGAGCUGCUCCAUCUGCCUGAGCCUUUAUACAGUCCCUAUGUCCCUGAGAUGUGGGCACAACUUCUGCCGGGACUGUAUUGUGAGGGUGCUGGAUACACAGGAGGAGGCUGGGGGCUAUUCCUGUCCGGAAUGCAGGGCAGAGUAUCAGGAACGCCCAGCACUGGAGAAGAACAGGAAGCUGAGUAACAUUGUGGAAAGUUUCCUAUGUAAUCACCCAGAGCCAGAGAUCACCCAGAUCUUCUGUACUUACUGCAUGGACGCUCCUGUACUGGCUGUGAAGCUGUGUCUGCAGUGUGAGAUGUCCCUGUGUGAGGGCCACCUGACUGCACACAACAAAUCAGUAGAUCAUGUUCUAAUUGACCCAACAUCAUCACUGACCAACAGAAAAUGCCAAAUCCACAAGAAACUCUUUGCAUACCAUUGCUGUGAGGAUGCUGCUUGUGUCUGUGUCUCCUGCUUUGCAAUAGGAUCACACAAAGGACACCAGGUGGAGUCACUGGAUGAGGCCAUGAAGACCAAGCAGCAGAAGCUGAAAAACCUACUGGAGAAACUGACCACAAACAGAGCAGAGGCUGAGGAACAUGUGCAGAGUCUACAGGAUCGCAGGACAGAGGUAGAGGAGAAAGCAGCUGUUGUCACAGGGAAGGUCACUGACUUGUUUAUGGACAUCAGGAGGAAGUUGGACAUCCUAGAGGGGAGAGUCCUGAGUGAGGUCUCCAGGCAGACUGAGAGGAUUUCUCUGCAAAUCUCUGAUCUGAUCCGGCAGCUGGAGGAACAGAAGGAUGAGCUGUCCAGGAGGAUGGGUCACAUUGAGGAGCUGUGUAACGCUACUGACCCACUGACUGUCUUACAGGACCGAGAAUCAGACUCUAAUGAGAAGGAAAGUGACACAGAAAGUGAUGCCACAAUGACUUAUCCUGUGGAUGAUCUGGACGAUUGUCUGAUCUCAGUGACCUUGCAUGCAGGUUUAUCUGAUAUUCUGACUGCUGGAAAGAGAACGUCUUGUAUACCUGAGGCUGCAGAUAUGUUACUUGAUAUAAACACAUCUAAUUGUUACAUCUCUGUAUCAAGGGAUAAAAAAUCUGCAUCCUCAUCCAAUGUAGAACUAAAUUACCCACAGAAUAGAAUGAGGUUUACAGAUUAUCGUGUGGUUCUCAGCAGCACAAGAUUUGGCUCAGGACAACAUUGCUGGGAAGUGGGAGUCAGCGCAUCAAAGUAUUGGGGGGUUGGAGUGGCUUAUUCUAGUAUUGAAAGGGAAGGAAAGCAGUCACGCAUUGGAUACAAUAGGAAGUCCUGGUGUUUGCGUAUGUCAGAUGAUGGUUACACAGUGAUGCACAAUUCUGUGUGCACUAAUCUGCAGCUUGUGACUCCUGUGCAGACAGUAAGAAUCUACCUGGACUAUGAGGCCGGGCGUCUGUCCUUCUAUCAGCUGUGUGACGCCAUCAGACACUUAUACACCUUCUCCGCCACCUUCUCUGAGCCCCUGCAUGCUGCCUUUAAGGUAUUCAGUGCUGGCUGGGUCAGGAUUAAUAGCUAGAUAUAUACAUGAUGUAUUAAUGCAACUACAAUCACUUAUCUUAUUGGCUUGUACCCUUCCUGCUACUCUCACUAAAUACUUGGGUGGGAAAGUAAUUACCUGUGAGGUAUUGUACAGACACUUUAUAGGGUGUUAAUACCUGAAACCUGCUCAGUGUGUUUGUACUUAUCUCUGGUAGCACACUUUAGGAGCUGCGAAAUUUACAUGAUGCGGCUCUGUGAUACACGUUACACUUCCAAGCUAUUUGGAUUCCCCUUAGUUUUUUCUUUUUAGUUGUUUUCUGUGCUUUUCAGUCAUGUAUCUGUACCAUUGGGAGGAGCUGAUUUGUGUUUGUUGUCCUGAUAUAAACUACAGGUCUGCUCUGUGUAUUAUAGCCUAAGCAGAGAGCACAGAAUAGCUGUGUCUUAUACAGGGGCAAUGGAUAAAGCACCUCUGCCUCAUGACACCUGGCUCAGGAGGAGACAGGCAAUGAGUUCAGUAAAAGUCGCAGGAGGGUGAGUAGGAUCCUAUGAACUGAAUGCAUGUGAAGGUGACCUCUAUGGCUGAUAUUUCCCAGCACUGCCUGUAUAUAAGGGUGGAAUGUGUAUGUGACAUGUAUAUACGGGAAUACACUGUUACCCCUGAUGAUACUGCACUUGGUGCUAUGGAGGAAAUAUAAAUAAAGACAAUUACAUAUUA